CAAUUCUCAAAAGUAAUAAAGAACUAGCCCAAAAUCAACUUCCAUCUCUUCACGCGCCUUCUUUGCCUCUAAUUCCUUUCGCCCUUGUUUUUUUGUUCUCUCUCUAAAAACCCCUCAUUUGUCUUUUUAUUUCCAAAUUUGACCCUCUAAAACCGUCAUCCUUCAUCUUCAGAGACUUGAUGUCUAGGGCUUUGUCACGCGUUUCAAAGAGCGUCGGUGCACGCUCCUUGCUUCUCUCUGCUCCGCAGAAGCUUCAAACGCCAAGCUUUCCCACCCAGUUUCACUCUCUUGUUUGUCAAUCUUCGAAUAAGUUGGUUACAAAUGAUGUGUUUCUGCUGCAUCAUUCAAGCCUUAAUUUCUCUGCAUUCCAACAAAAUGGAAUCUCUUCGUCUGCCUCGCCGCCUGAGCCUCCAAAAAGGGAGCAUGAGAAUUCUGCACAAAGUAAUGGUGAAGAGCCUGCAAGGCGAAGUGGGGGGACAAAUCCUGGAGGGGCUGAAGUUACCGAUCAAACAAAAGAAUCAGAUUCAAGUUCCGAUUCUGAUUCUGAGAGUGAUGGUGACUUAUCAUUGGCUGACAUGAUCAAACUUGUGGAGGAAAAAGAUGGACUCUUGGAGGAAAAACAAAAGGAGAUUGAACAAAUGAAGGACAAAAUUGUUCGAACCCUCGCAGAAAUGGAGAAUGUUAUGGCCAGAACACGACGUGAAGCAGACAACUCAAAAAAGUUUGCUGUACAGAAUUUUGCGAAGGACCUAUUAGAUGUUGCAGACAAUUUAGGAAGGGCUUCUACCCAUGUUAAAGGUAGUUUCUCUAAGAUUGACGAAUCCAAUGAUACUGCCGGAGCUGUACCACUCCUUAAGACACUCCUCGAAGGAGUUGAAAUGACUGAGAAACAGCUUGCAGAGGUGUUUAGAAAGUACGGGGUCAAAAAAUUCGACCCUACAAAUGAACCAUUUGAUCCAAACAUGCACAAUGCAGUAUUCCAAGUUCCUGAUAACUCCAAGCCUCCGGGCACUGUUGCUCAUGUGUUGAAGGCAGGAUACAUGCUCUACGAUCGAGUUAUUCGACCAGCAGAGGUCAGUGUUACUCAAGCACCGGAUCCUGAUGCAGACAAGAAUAACACAAGUAACAAAGACUCUGAUGCUUGAUGAUAAACAUGGUAGAGUUGCCAUUGGCAAAUUUUCAAAAACUUCGCCUAUGUCAUAAGAAUUUAUAUAUCAUAGUGAGGUUUUCACUUAUGUUAAAGAUUCAUCUUUGAAAACUUGUUUCCUUAUCAAAAUUUUUGCCCAUCAA